AUGGAAGAAUGGACAGAAGAUUAGAUUUAUAAAAUAAUACUAAAAAUAAGUCAGGAGCAAUCUGAAAGUUUUAUAGAUAGCAUGGAAUAUCACUAAAAAUUCAAUGGGAACAACAGUAUAUCAUCCUAUUAAAAUAGUUAAUGAAAUCUUGAUGAUCGGAAUUUAAGAAAAGGAAGAAGUAAUAAAAGAAGUUUUACAUAUGAUCAGUAUUUAUUGAAUUAAGCAAGAUAUUCUAUUCUCUAAAUUAAAUUCACUGAAAGUAGAAAAUGAAGAUCAUAUCUCUCAAUAUGAACAUAAAAUUAUGAUAUUAAACUAAGAAUAUGAAUAGUGUUUGUCACAUAUUAAAGAAUUAGAGGUUUCAGUAUUUUUAUAUUUAGAAUGUGAAUGAAAAUUAAAAUGAACAAAACGAAAAACUCUUUGAUUAAAUUUAACGAAUCGAAGAUGAAUUAUCUAAAGGAAGAUUGAAAUAUACAUAAAUACAAAAUGAGCUAGAAAAAAAAGAAAUGUAGUUAAAGGUAAUAAUUAAACAUAUGUAGGAAAAUGUUGAGUUUAUUUAAAAUAAUGAGUAAAUUAAGAAUUAGAUGAGAAAAAGACAAUAAGAUUUAGAGGACUUAAUUAAUCAAUUAAAAAAUGAAAACUUUUAAAAAGACACUUAAAUUGGGAAGCUGAUUUCUAAAAUUAAAGAUUAAGAUGAUAAACUUUAAUUGAAGGAUAUGGAAAUUAAAAGUAGUUUUAUUUUUAAUUUAGAUUAUAUCAAAGAAAAUGAGAAGUAAUAACAAGCAUCCAAUAAUGAAUAAUAAUAAACCUAACACGAUUCUAUAAAAAAAGAAAAAAAAAGAAAUAUUAAUUAUAUGACUAGAAAUAAAAGCAAUACAAUUCUUUUAAGAUCUGAAACUUUACAUUAAAGAAGUUAAAGCCAAUUUAUUGGUUAAUUCGAUCUUGAAUAAUUUAAAGAUUAAUGUGCUGCAUCAGUGAAAUCUUAAAAAUCUGAGAGCGAAGACGAUUAGACAGAUAAAAAAACAUUAAAAUAAGAAAAUGAUGAGUAAUAGGAACUUGAAAAAUCGAUAAAUGAAUUAAAGGGUAAACUUGAAACAGCAAACAAUGAAUUAUAGAUGGCAGAGAAUGAAAAGAAAUAAUUGUAGGCUUAAAUAGUUUCAUUAACGUCAGAGAUUAGUGUUUUUAAGAUUAAAGAAAAAAAAAUGGCUUUGUAGUAAAAAUAAUAGGAAAAAAGAUUAACAGAAUUGUAAUCUGGUAAAACCUAGAUCUAUAAUAGAAAAAAAUAAAUUUUAAUUUGAAUAA